AUGCCUACUGCAAGUACUUUAAUUUGUUUUUGUUAUACAAUUUGCGAUAGUAAAAGAACCUUUAAAUCAAAAGCUGGAUUGCAACGACAUGAAAGUUUGAAACAUAGUAAUUAUAAGAAAAUUUCUGCACAUAUUUUGUUAAUUCCAGAACAUGAAUUACAACAUAUCAAAAAUACCAUGAUAAAAGAGCUACAAAACCAGUUAAAAAUCAUUACUCAAAAGUUGAAAACCAGGUUUUUUCAAUUCAUUGCAGUGAAAAUAGAAAUGAGAGGAUUUAGUGACAAGUCUGAACAUCGUUGUAAAAGUGGUGAAGUAACUUUUAGAUUCAUAGUUGAUCAAGGUCAGUUUUAG